CUCGCCUCAUCGCCGCAGCUGGCUCGCUCGCUCGCUCCCUCGCUCGCGGUCGCGGCGUCCUCCCCUCCCCGUCAGGCCGUCACCCCGCCCCAUCCACGCCGCGUCGCCCUCCGCCUCCAAAUAAAGUAAACGCGGGGGGUGACAGGGAGGCCACCACCGAAUCCUCCUCCUCCGCCGCGCCCGCUCGCUCUUAACCCGUCGCCGCCCCCCGCUCGAUCCCCUCCGCCUUCUUCGCCGCCACCGGGCCUGCCUCCCUCCCUCCUCUCUUGUUCGCGGGGGGUCAGGGAGAGGAGAAGGGGAGCCGGGCGCCAUGGGGUUCUGGGAGGCCUUCCUCAACUGGCUCCGCAGCCUCUUCUUCAAGCAAGAGAUGGAGCUUUCCUUGAUAGGGCUUCAAAAUGCCGGAAAAACAUCACUUGUCAAUGUUAUUGCUACCGGAGGCUUUAGUGAGGAUAUGAUUCCUACUGUAGGAUUCAAUAUGAGAAAGGUAACCAAAGGAAAUGUCACAAUAAAAUUGUGGGAUCUUGGAGGCCAGCCAAGAUUCCGGAGCAUGUGGGAGAGAUACUGCCGUGCAGUUUCUGCAAUUGUUUAUGUUGUUGACGCAGCAGAUAGAGAAAACAUGGCCAUUGCAAAAGGUGAGCUCCAUGACCUCCUGAGCAAGCCAUCUUUGACUGGAAUCCCAUUACUAGUCAUUGGCAAUAAAAUUGACAAGCCUGAAGCUUUCCCUAAGCAAAGCUUCACAGAAGUCAUGGGCCUAAAGACAAUCACUGACCGAGAAGUGGCAUGCUUCAUGAUAUCGUGCAAGAACUCGACCAACAUUGAUUCUGUCAUCGACUGGCUGGUGAAGCACUCGAAAAAGAAGAAUUGAUCUAAAUCUGUAACUCUUGAAGCGUGCUCCAGUUUCUCUCUUUUUGCAUGUCGCGUAGCAUUGGGGCUGUAAAUUAUGCAAGAGGUAUUAAUUAGGGAUGCUGUGUUCAUAAUUUUGUUAACCUGGUUUGGCAAUAUGUUGGUAGGCCGCGUCUGGUAUUGUGCACGCGCGUGCUCUGUUACAACUUACAGGAGGCUGCUCUCUGUGUUCCAUACUUGCUUGGUCAAUUUGAGCUGUGUGAUUUGUUUCA